CUCUACUAAGUCAAUCAACAAUGGGUGUGUUCAGGGAUGAAGAGGAGGUGGAGGGGAACUGUCUUCUGCUCAAUCGUACAAGAGUGAGCAGGAUGGCGAGUCAACAUAUAAACCCUGAACUCAGGGCUUUGUCCCCAUGAAAUUGAGGAUAACCAAGUUCCUUAAGCUAAGAUAAUCGUCAAUCAUGAUCUGGAAUACUAUUAUUCAAUUUGCUCUCGUUGUGCUCAGCAUUCUCCCAGUCUGGGGUCUCCCAGCUGUGGACGUUGACCAUGCCGAACCUCAGGCCUCCGACAAAUAUGUCUUCGCUCACUUCAUGGUCGGGAUCGUCGAGAACUACCAAGUCGACGACUGGAUCGCCGACAUGAAAGCCGCCCAAGCCAUCGGCAUCGACGCCUUCGCCCUCAACUGCGCCAGCAUCGACAAAUACACCCCCACACAACUCGCUCUGGCGUACCAAGCCGCGCAGCAAGUCGGCUUCAAAGUCUUCAUCUCCUUCGACUUCGCCUACUGGACCAACGGCGACACAGCCAAGAUAACAGCUUACAUGCAGCAGUACGCCAACCAUCCAGCGCAGAUGCAAUACAAGGGCGGGGCAGUGGUAAGCACCUUUGUGGGUGACAGCUUCAACUGGGGGCCGGUGAAGCAGGGCACCUCGCACGCGAUCCAUGCCCUCCCACACCUCCAGGAUCCAGCCGAAGUAUCCAGCAACAACGCUCGAUCCGCCGACGGGGCGUUCUCCUGGUACGCGUGGCCCACCGACGGCGGAAACAGCAUCAUUCAGGGCCCGAUGACGACGAUCUGGGAUGAUCGGUACGUCAAAGACCUAGCAGGGGCUACCUACAUGGCGCCGGUCUCGCCGUGGUUUGCCACGCACUUCAACAGCAAGAACUGGGUGUUUAUCUGCGAGAACCUGCCGACGCUCCGGUGGGAGCAGAUGUUGACACUGCGUCCCAGUCUGAUUGAGAUCAUCUCGUGGAAUGACUACGGUGAAUCGCACUACAUCGGCCCCUACUCCGCCAACCACAGCGACGACGGCUCCUCCAAAUGGGCCAAAGGCAUGCCGCACGAUGCCUGGCGCGACCUCUACCAGCCAUACAUCGCCGCCUACAAGUCGGGCGCAUCCACGCCCCGUGUUGAUAAGGAUAGCCUCGUUUACUGGUAUCGUCCUACUCCGAAGGGUGUGUCGUGCCCGGAGGAUAACCUCGGACCACCCAACGGGAUCAACAUGCUUAGCGACAGUAUCUUCGUCGCGACUAUGUUGACCAGCCCGGCUACGCUGACGGUGACCAGUGGGUCGAAUGCACCGGUGAAGAUUGACGUGCCGGCUGGGAUCGUGACGUCGAAUGUGUCGAUGGGCGUGGGCACGCAGACGUUCACGGUGAGCCGGAAUGGGCAGACGAUUUUGAGUGGGCAGGGGGGCAUGGCUGUGCAGAGUCAGAGCAAGUACUAUAACUUCAAUGUGUAUGUGGGGAAGAUUUCGGGGGCUUGAUGGUGGUCUUGUUUAGUCUGGAUAGUGAGAGGGUUAGUCGUUGUCUGCUCGGAAUCCUGUUGAGUUGAAGGAAGUUGCCGCUGGAGGAUCUUAGGAUGACCACUUAGUAUG